CUGAUUAGUGUUGUUAUUAUUUAUGAUUUAUAUUAUGGUUACUAAUUAAAGUUGUUAACACAAGUACCCAUACAUUAAGUACUAUUAAUAACAAUUUGUAAUAAUAUGUAAUUUAAACCCGUUUAGAAUUGUUAAUAAUUAAACAUAUUUUUAUUUUGCAAAUAAAACAAUUAUUUUCCUAAACAUGUAAGUCAAUAAAAUAUUAUUUUGUUCAGUGGUUCGACUACUCGUUCUUGUACGAAACCGAGUAACCGCAACUAUUAAUUUGAAUGCCUUCAUCACUACAAAAACGACGCGCAAAUUCAUAUAAAAAAUUUAAACACAAAACUGAAUAAGUCGUGAAAAAGUGAAAAAAUAAUAAAAAAUUUAUUUAUUUGUAUAAAAAUCUCAGGAUUCAAAACAAUGAAGAAAGUCAUGCUCAAGAAGCCAUUUAAUGAAGAUCAAUCCGACAUAUAUCGGAAGAUAAAUACGAAACUUGAUCUGCUUACUGAAAACAAUGAACUAUUAAAAAAACAACUUAAAGAAAAUAAUGAUAUUUUUAAAAAACAGCUAAAUGAAAUUCGAAAUCAAAAUGCUUUGAUUCUAGAUGCCUUAAGUGAAAAUAACGUUGCAUUAAAAGAUUUCUUAAAAGAUAGAAAUCCAAAAUACAUAAAAACUUUUCCAAUAAAUAGAAUCGAAGAGUUGAAUGACUUGGAGCGAAAUAUUAACGAGAGCAACGAAAAGGAAUAUAUUUCAUCUAUAAGAGCAAUAGCCGGAAAAAGAGGACUAAAAAAAGGCCUUACAGACAUUUUGUCUCACAAAUUGUUGGUUGACUUUAAUGUGGAAGGAAGUCAUAAUAAACAGAGACUUCUAAAUUACCCAAAAUUUGUUAAUAUACUAUUUCAAGGAACUUAUGAUGAGAAUAGUUCAGAAAAAUCUUUUAAGAAUACGUUAAGAGACGCUUUAAAGUUGGCUAAAAAUAGAUUUUUUAAAGAAAAAAAAUCUAUAGAAAAGGCAAAAAUAUCUAUAGACUCCCCCAAAGAUGGGGAUUCGGAAAAGGUCUUGCAACUCACAGACAAUGAGUUGGUAUUAAAAUACCCCUCAAUUUUUUAGUUCUCAGCAAUUUUUUUUUUUAUUUAAUUAAAUAUUGAAUUUGCUUUAUUUUGUACCUGUUUUUUAGUUUUAAAAAAUAUUAUAUUAAAUAUAAUUAAAUUAUUCAUAUUUCUUACUUAUCAACAAUUUGUUUUGUAUAUAUUCAAAUAUUGAAUUAAAUUUAUUUUAUUUAUCCUAUUGAAUAUGUACCUCCAAUUGAAUAUGUACCUGUUUUUUUUUAUUGAAUGAAAGCCUUUAAUUUUAAUAAAUAUUAAAUUAUUUAUAAUUAAAUAA